CGCGUGACCUUUCCCCUCCAUUCCGCACCUCCCGCGGCCGGCCAGGCAGGCGGGGGGUGGUUGGGGCGUGCUCCCCUCCCUCCUCCCCUCCUCUCUCCCGAGCAUCGGCUGACCGCCUCUGGGCCCUGCGGGCGGCUCCUCGUCAUGGCGGCUCUCAGCAAGUCCAUCCCUCAUAACUGCUACGAGAUCGGCCACACUUGGCACCCUUCCUGCGGGCUUUCCUUCGUACACAUCACCAGGGGCGCCCUGGAGGAGUCCCUGAAGAUCUACGCCCCCCUGUACUUGAUUGCAGCAAUUCUCCGGAAACGAAAAUUAGACUAUUAUUUACACAAACUACUCCCUGAGAUCCUACAAUCUGCUUCAUUUCUGACCGCGAAUGGUGCCUUGUAUAUGGCUUUCUUUUGCAUUUUAAGGAAGAUACUUGGAAAAUUCUACUCAUGGAGUCCUGGCUUUGGUGCCGCUCUGCCAGCAUCUUAUGUGGCCAUUCUAAUUGAAAGAAAAAGCAGGAGAGGGCUGCUCACAAUUUAUAUGGCCAACUUGGCCACAGAAACACUGUUUAGAAUGGGUGUAGCAAGAGGAACCAUCACAACAUUAAGAAAUGGAGAAGUCCUUUUGUUCUGCAUCACAGCUGCCAUGUACAUGUUCUUUUUCAGUUUUUGUUUUAGGUGCAAAGAUGGUUUGAAAGGAUUUAUAUUCUCUGCCCUUAGGUUCAUUGUAGGGAAGGAAGAAAUUCCCACACAUUCUUAUUCUCCAGAGGCAGCAUAUGCAAAAGUGGAACAAAAGACAGAGAAACAUGAGGAAAAACCAAGAAGAAUGAAUAUAAUUGCUGUAGUCAGGAAACUUGUGGAUUCAAUAUGUAAGCAUGGACCAAGGCAUAGAUGUUGCAAACACUAUGAAGAUAACUGCAUCUCUUAUUGCAUUAAAGGUUUCAUCAGAAUGUUUAGCGUGGGAUACUUGAUCCAGUGCUGCCUCCGAAUUCCCUCUGCAUUUAGGCAUCUGUUUACACAGCCAUCCCGGCUACUUUCUCUCUUCUACAAUAAAGAAAACUUCCAGCUUGGAGCUUUUCUGGGCUCUUUUGUUAGUAUAUACAAGGGUACUAGUUGCUUCCUGCGCUGGGUGAGAAACCUGGAUGAUGAACUGCAUGCUAUUGUAGCUGGAUUUUUGGCAGGAGUAUCAAUGAUGUUUUAUAAAAGCACAACAAUUUCCAUGUAUUUAGCUUCCAAAUUGGUGGAGACAAUGUAUUUCAAAGGCAUUGAAGCAGGAAAGGUUCCCUAUUUCCCCCAUGCGGAUACUAUCAUCUAUUCCAUCUCGACAGCAAUUUGCUUCCAGGCAGCUGUCAUGGAAGUUCAGACCUUGCGACCAUCUUACUGGAAGUUCCUUUUAAGGCUCACCAAGGGCAAAUUUGCUGUCAUGAACCGAAAAGUCCUUGAUGUUUUUGGUACUGGUGCAUCUAAACACUUUCAGGAUUUCAUCCCUAGGUUGGAUCCAAGAUAUACAACUGUACCACCAGAGUUGCCCAUAGAGUUUUCUUGAAGAUGACUGUAAUUUAUUAGUGUGACUUAAUGUUUCAUUAUUUUAUCCUGAAGAGUUUAUUAUGUUGAACACAAAGAAGGGGGCCCGAGCUUGAACCUCAGUGUUAUUUUGAUGAGAGAUGCUCUUUUUUUCCUUUGUUUUUCUUACCAAUCAGAAAUACAGAUGCUUUUUAGGAAGGUGUUGCUUAAUAAUUAAGCUCCCUCCAUAGCCAGAAUCUGAUUCUGGAUCACUGUAGUGGUUGACAUUAUGGUAUAUUAUUGAUUAAAUUAUGUCCACAAGCAAUAUUAAAUAGUCUAUGUAGAAAUGUAGUAACAAAUAGGAGUAUAUUUAAAAUUACUUUCAAAAAUGUUUUUAGUUCAUUCCAGUAUAAUUCUUGGUUAAAACUAAGAAUAUUUCUAUGUUUUAGGAUACAAAGGAUCACGGGUACAUGGAUUUGGUCUGUAUAUUUUUAACUUUUGAAUUGGUAACUAUAGUAGUGAAAUGUUAUGGAUAUGAAGUAACUCUUCACAGACAGUGCUGCUUUAGUAGAGCAAUUUAAUUGGAGAAAGUGGCCAUUCUUACUUCAGGGAUGCAAAGACGGGUCUCAUACUGUUUGGAUAAGUGCUGUGGUUGUCUAUGCUCUUCUUCCACGGAUACCUUCAUCUCUCUCCACGAUCAGCUGGGCUGUUGGCAGCCCAGUGAACCUAUGUACUAGUGGCAGAUUAGGAGCAAAUGGAAAUUGACAUAUCUGAUAAAGUUGAAACGUCUGUUUUAAUCUUUUAUAGAAGCGUUACACUUGAAUAUUUAAAAGCAAAUGAAGUUACUUUUAAACCUCUGGUAGGUUUAUGAUGUUUCUUUUCAUUUACAAGGACUGAAUUCUUCAUAGCUAAGUUUGUAUGCCAGCGUUGAUUUAGAAGGGAUCAAGAUCCUAUGGAACAAAAGCAGUUUUGGGAAGUUUGACAGUUCGUUCCUUUUUAACUGUUUCAUCUAUACAAUGGAUGUUUUACAACUAAAACAAUAUAAAAAUCCAGAGGGUGUUAAAAAGUCCAUUUCAUCACUUAUUGGAUCCAGGUUCUCUAGCCACUUUCCACAAAAUCAUUGUCACCAUUUCUACUCCUGUUAGAUUAGAGAAGUGACAAAAUGUAGUCACUGCUGACUAUGAAGGUUGGUUCAGGACAGCUGUGUUUGAAAUAUGAUCACUCUUUAGAGUUUUUCAGGGAAAAGUUAUACUUUUCUAAGUUAAUGAAAGGCUUAAGUGAUUGUAGUGUCUACAGUUAAUGUUAAACAUGUAGAGAUGAUGGUAUAUUUUUUUAAUAUAAUUUUGUUGCUGAAAAGUUUUAGGUCAUUGUAAAUUAAUUAUGCAGUAAAAUUUGUGCUGCAACAAGAAUUAUAACCUAGACUUUAAAAAUGCUUAAUCCUCCAUGUUCAAUUUCAUUAAGCCUUGUAUACUUCUGUUUACUUGUAAUCCUAUCCUUGGUUGUUAUGGCAAAUUGAAACCCGACAAAAAGAUAGACUCUGGUGCCAUGGUAACAGAGAAAACCACUUUAAUUUGGUCAAAAUUUUUCAUUGUAAGUAACUUUUUGGAAUUUACUUGUCUAUUAGGCGAUACUGUUAAAGGAUCAUUUUGGUUUCAGACUUCAAAAUUGAUUAAUAAAUUAAGUUUUAAGUUUGUAUUCACUGGAAUCAAAAUGAUGAUUGGCACUGUGUUUACUUUUAAAAAUCAAGUAUUACAGCAGUGAAGAAAGCACUGCUGCCUACAUCUCAUUUUCUCUAUUCAGAAAUUAUAUUUAUAAUAUAUUUCCUGUAGGUUAAGAGAAAAACAUUUUAAUUCAUAAGUUAUUGUUUUCAUUGGCAUUAAUAUACUAUGAUAUUGAAAGACAGUCUACUGAAAUUUGAUGAGAUUGUUGAGUAAAAUUUUAUUGAUCAAAGGUGCAUUUCUAUAAUUUACUUAUUUUUAUAAACUACAGUCAUCUUUUAUUUUAUAUAAAAUGUAAAAUGAAGUAACCGUCGUGAAGCAGAACACAAUAAUGAAUGAAUGGUGACCUAAUUUGCAGUGGUGACUAGAGCAGUCCGAUUUGAUUUCCUUGGGACAGACUGCAAACUGUAGUUGUUCGAGCAAACACAAAGAAACUGUGUGUGUUCCUGAAAGACAAUCAAAAUGAGUAUCUUUCUACCUCUAACUAAUCAGGGAUUGGUCGGCAACUUGGCAUCAUAAAUAAAGUCAAAUAGAUGUCUCCAUUCCAAAACGUGUUUUUUUAGUCCAUUUAUAUGCUGAAGAAAUCCUGCCUAUGGUAAGUUUCCACCAGAACUGAUUACAUUAACCAUUAAUAUGCCCCUUAGUAUUUUCUACAUCUUUAUGUAGACUGGAAAACAGUGCAUUGGAGUAGUUAGUAAUAUUAGAGUUGUUUCAUUGCUAUUUCCUGUAUUAAUAAAAUCCUAGAACUAGUACCAACCAAGUAAUGACUGAGGUUACAAGAUAACAAAUUGUCUCAAAUCUGUUAGAGUCUUAUCCGUUUUUCGUCAAAUUGUUUUAGUCCAUUUUAUUACUCAUUUCUGAAAUAAAACCUUUGGUUCAGUUAUUUUUUUUCAUAAAUUCUGUGGUUCUGUAACUUUUUUCUUGAUCUAUAAACAUUGUUGUCACUCAUU